AUGACGUCACUAGAUACAAUGCCGAUCGCUGAGCCAUUCGAGCUUCCAUGUGGACUGAAAAUAUCCAACCGGAUAGUGAAAGCUGCAAUGGAAGAAUCACUUGGCACUGGUGAUAACCAGCCAAAUGAAUAUAUUUAUCGUCUCUAUGAUCGUUGGGCAAAAGGUUCCUAUGGACUUCUCUUGACUGGAAAUGUACAAGUAGACGAGCGUUAUCCUGGUCUUAUGACUGAUCUAAUGAUAUCAAGCAAGGAAAAGACUGAUAUAGAAAAAUGGAAACGUUAUGCCGAUGUGAGCCAAAGUCAUGGCACACCGACUAUCGUUCAAAUCAAUCAUGCUGGUCGUCAAUCUCCAAUGGGAAAACGACCUUUUCGGCAACCUCCUAUAGCUCCCAGUCCAAUUCCGAUGUCAAUGGGAGAUAGUUUUAUUGCUAGAACAUUGCAACGCAUCGUUAUGCCUAAACCAAAAGAAAUGACGGUAGCGCAGAUCGAAGAUGUAGUUCGAAGAUUUGCCGACACAGCGGAGAUUAUGGCAAAAGCAGGUUUUGCCGGCGUGGAAAUUCACGGCAGUCAUGGUUAUUUAGUUAGUAGUUUUUUAUCACCAAAGUCAAACAAACGAACUGAUGAUUAUGGCGCUACACCUAAAGAUCGAAUGAAAUUUUUAUUUCAAAUCAUCGACGCCAUUCGAGCAGUUGUACCGCGAACUUUUGCUGUCGGUAUCAAGUUAAAUUCGUCUGAUUUUAGUGCAGGUGGAUUAACCGAAGACGAAGCUAAAGAUCAGUUUCAAUGGAUUGACGAACAUGGAGGUAUCGACUUUAUUGAAAUAUCCGGUGGAACUUAUGAAUCACCAGCGAUGGCUGGAACAGAAUACAUUCCUCGAUCCGAACGUACUCGUAAGCGAGAAGCUUACUUUCUCGAAUUCGCGGCUAAAGUUCGUAACACAACGACUAUUCCGCUCAUAGUUACGGGUGGAUUUCGUACUCGCAAAGGAAUGAAUGACGCCGUUCGUUCGAAUGCAUGCGAUUUCGUCGGUAUUGCCCGUCCGACUUGUCUUCAAUUCAAUCUACCAGAAAUCUUACUCGACAAAACACUCGCUGAUGAACAUGCACGAGCCAUACAAUAUGAAAUUCGAGGUACACAGUUAUUCAAUCUAAUUCCGAUUAAUGCUGUUGGGUCAGGUGUUACAACGCUUUGGCACAAUUGGCAAAUGCAUCGCGUGGCAAUCGACAAUUGUGAACCAGAUCCGAGAUACAAUGUCAUUCUAAAUGAGAUCGACGCGUUAACAACAAUUUCUCAUGCUCGAGUGCAAACAGAAGUACAAUUGAAAAAGAAUGUUGAAUUAACAUUUUGUUUACGUGAAAUGUUGACAUAA